CGCCGGGAGAGGUUCCGGGCGGAGCGGGAGCUUCCGGGAGCGGCGGGGAGAAGCGGGCCGGGCCGGUUCGGGUGGAGGGGAAGGAUGAAGAAGGAGCAGGUGGUGCACUGCCAGUUCUCCGUGUGGUACCCGCUCUUCCGGGCCGUCACCAUCCGCAGUGUUAUACUUCCCCUACCAGAGAAUGUGAAAGAAUAUUUGCUGGAUGAUGGAACGCUUGUGGUUUCGGGAAGAGAAGAUCCACCAAGUCAUGCUCAGGAGGGGAGUGAUGAUGCAGAGGAAAUACAGUGGUCAGAUGAUGAGAAUACUACAACACUUAAGGCACCUGAAUUUCCUGAGUUCACAGCUAAAGUUGAAGAAGCAAUAAGUUCCCUGGGUGGUAGUGUUUUUCCUAAACUUAACUGGAGUGCUCCAAGGGAUGCCUACUGGAUAGCAAUGAACAGUUCUUUGAAAUGUAAAGCUCUCAGUGACAUCUUCCUCCUCUUCAAGAGUUCAGACUUCAUCACUCGUGACCUCACUCAGCCAUUUAUUCACUGUACUGAUGAUUCCCCAGAUCCUUCCUUGGACUAUGAGCUUGUUCUUCGCAAAUGGUGUGAGCUAAUCCCUGGUGCAGAAUUCAGAUGCUUUGUCAAGGAAAACAAGCUCCUAGGUAUAUCACAGAGGGACUACACUCAAUACUAUGAUCAUAUCUCUAAGCAACAUGAGGAGAUCUGUAGAUCAAUACAGGAGUUCUUCAAGAAACACAUACAGUAUAAAUUCUUGGAUGAAGACUUUGUGUUUGAUGUGUACAGAGACAGCAGGGGUAAGAUUUGGUUAAUAGAUUUUAACCCAUUUGGUGAAGUAACAGACUCUCUGCUGUUUACAUGGGAAGAACUGACCUCUGGGAAAAACUUGAAAGGAGACCAGGGAGAAGGGGAAGCAACAGAACAGGACUCUCCAGUUUUCCGUUGUACAAACAGUAAAGUUACUGUCCAGCCUAGUCCGUACCUGAGUUACCGACUGCCGAAAGACUUUGUGGACCUUUCUACAGGAGAGGAUGUUCACAAAUUAAUUGACUUUCUUAAACUGAAAAGAAAUCAGCAAGAUGAUGACUGAGGUAUCAAGAAGCAUUACAUUGAAUUACAAGCAAGAAAUGUGGCAAAAACUCUAUUUAGCAUAACUAUUAAGCUAUCAAUUUAAAGAAAACCUGCUUUUUAUAGUGAAUGAAAGCACCAAAGAGCUGUUCAUCCUGUGUGGCUGUUGGUUUAUGUAAAAGUGUAGAAAGGCUUUUUCAGGGAAACAUGAAAUGACAGGGUGAGUUCUCACUGGAUUCCAGGUUAAAUGCAGUUACACCAUGGUGCGAGCAAGCAACAAUCUGAGUACAACAGAACAACUGCUUUCCUAUCUCAUAAUGUGAAGAUUGAUGCCAUUGAGGUGUGCUCUUGGACUCUUCAGUGAUAAAUACAACAUUUAAUGCUUGUGCAGUUAAAAUAUCAAGCAUCCUCUGAAUUUAGGCACAGUCUUGCUUAAAAUAUUGUAGAGUCACAAGGAAAGAAAGGAAUGUGUGGGGUUUUUUUCUGUAAUAAGCUUUUAAAAUUGUAAAUUGGCUUUCUUUUGGGAGCACUUCUCAUCCUUCCUUUAUGUAACAAGAAGUGGAGAAGGCAUUUUUUUUCCUGUGCUAUGAAGGCUAAUUCUUCAUUUUGGAGAGCAGCUGUGGUAGGGUACUUAAGGUGUGAAAAUUUUGCAUUUCAGGAAUUUGAAAUUCUGAAUGCAUUUCAAGUAAAUAAUAUUUUCACAAUAGCUAAAGCUGUGGACUUUGUUAAACUUCACCACGUUGUAUUUCAUUUUCAUAGUAAAGCUUUCUUGAAACUUUUUUUUUAACAUGAUUUUGUACUAGACAUCAUCUGUGGCUUUAAUAGAAAUAGUUAAACAUAACAUCCACCUGUAAUUUUAUAUGUGGGCUGGGUCUUGUUUCUUUUGUAGCACAUCUUUGAGUUUCUCAAGAAAAUGAUUAUUCUUUCAGCUCUUAAAGAUCUGUAUUCAUUUGGUGGUACUUCAUGUUUUUUGUAUAAAGGGAAGCUUGGCUAAAUUUGGGAACACAGAAGGACUUGUUACCAGUUGCUGUUACUUGGGAGGUGUAGGGAGGACAGUUUCAGGUGAAGUAGCAGCUAACUUUUGGAUGUAGGUGUUUGCAUGGCCUCAGUAAUCUCUUAACAGUGUGCACAAUUCCUGUUGAAAUGAAAGGAUGUUUGGAGGUGCUCAUAGCCCCUGGAAACUGGUUCCUAUUUCAAACCAGUUAUGUGAUACCUUCUGUGUGUAUAUAAAGCUGUUCAUGUUUCUUUGCUUUGCUUUUGCUGUCAAAUUGAUAUGGUGCUCAGUUACAAUCUGUUCUUAGAUGUUAAAUCUGAGCUUAGAUGUUAAAUUAUUACUUACUGUCUUUAUCUUCAGUUUUGAAUGAAUACUUACUCUUGUUAAAGAUUAUGCAGAUUAAGAAUCCAGUUCUACCAAAUACAUUGAUGAAACGUCACACAUUAAAGCUCCUGGAGUCAGAGUACGAGAUCUAUCCCUACCCUUGAAGCAAUGGAAUCACCUCUCAGUAGCUUUUUGGACACAAAUUAGAUUAUCAUUAACUCAGGGCUGGGCUAUAACUAAUCCUUCAGGACUUUGGAUGCAUUUUUCUCACCCUUAUCAGAGGGUUUGUGUCUCUAAAUCAGGUGGGAACUUCAAAACUUAAAAAUCCAACACAGCUUUCCUUUUUCUUUUAACAUUUCUAGCCAUAACUUAAACUAUUGUGAUGAUCUCACCACACUUCCUUAAUAGAGAUAACACCCCGGAAUUUCCAGCAGACUCAUAAAUGCUUCUGAACUACAGAUAUUGUCUUUAAACAAUACUGAAUCUUGGUUUAAAGCUGCAAGGUACUUUCCUGCAUCUUUUUCUGUGGGCUCCACUAAUUAAUUUACCAUUAUCACAGCUUACUGUGCUGGAUAUUCACCACAUAUAUGGCAUCAGGACCAGUUUGAUGGGACCCUCUGCACUCUAGAGUGUCCCUUUAGGUGAGUAGGCUGGAGUGUGGUGGCCUUUUAACAGUCCUUUGCUUCUUGACGUUGUUAUUUACCCUGAAAAUGGCAUCACCAAGUGAACUGACCGCAAUCAGUGCAGAGCUCUUAGACUUGCUGGCAGCUUUCAUAUGUUUGCAGGAACUGCAGUCUUCUAUGGGUGCUCUGCAUUUAUAGUUGAGUUCUUCCAGGACAAAUCGUGGUGGAAUCCGACACUGGCCCAGUUCCUGGCUUCCUAAACAGCUUUGCUUGUUGCUAGCCUGUGCUGGUCCUCUACUUAAAGGAUGACCAUAAUAAAGGACCACCAUCUGCUGCUCCUAUCUCCUGCCUCUGGCACAGCUUACCCCUCCAUCCCUCAUCACUUUCAACAGCUGUUUAGCAUACUCGGACACUUCUCUGUAUAGUUGUAUGUUGGUGAUAAGUGAAUUCAAAGUGUGGUUUUCUCCCCUAUGAUUUAGUAACAGAUGACCACUCUGAAUUAAUGGACUGCUCAGCCAAGCUAUCAAACACUGAUAAUUAACUUUAUUUCAGAGUUGCAAGAACUUAUGCCACUUCCUCUGGGCUUAAUCUUAAUGAAGAACUGUAAAAGAUAGCAGAGAAAAAAUGCUAGUCCCAUGUUCAAGGCCUGAUACAGAGAAGUCCCCAUUAUAAAAAUCUGUCCUACAUAAUCGGAUUCCCAAAAAUAUCCUUGCAAUUUAAAUACAUGCUUUAUAUUUACUUCGUUGCUUUCUCCAACUUCAGGUAACCAGAUGUUGGGGUUUGGGUUUUUGUUUUGUCUGCUAGAUUAAAGAUUGAUUCCUCUUCUAAAAGAAUUUUCAUCCCAUAUGUCCUUUUGAUCUGUGAGGAUAAUUAACAACCAUUCCUCUUGGGGACGUGUGGAAGCUCAUGUUGAUACAUUAAAAAUGCUUUAGAUCAAUUUUAAACUGAAUAGUAUAUGACAAUUUUAUUUCAGGUCGUCAUAAAAUCAGUUCCUGCCUGUAGGCAUCAUACAGAAAUGUGAAAAUACAAAAAUCUACUUGUUCGGGUCCUUGUUCGUGUGGUUCAAUGAUGUGAUCACCAUUUGCUGAGUAAGGGCCAGCUAUAUACUAUGUAUUCUUAGUUAUAUGCUUAAAACAUUGUAUAAAGAUACUUGUAAUCUCACCUGGAUGGCAAACAUGAAGCUUGAAGGAAAGGUAGCACACAGUUCUAGAGCCUGGCAAGUAUUAACGUCUGUGUAAAGAAGCCUGGCUGUGUCCAAUGGCUCCAGUGCAGUGAGGCUCAGUUCUUGGACUGCAGCUCUGCCAGGAGCACCAAAGAUAAGUUCACUUUCACAGCCAAUGCUUGUGGUAUCUGAUCUCCCAGAUGGAUACUGGGGAUCAAGAUUCCUCUAACCCCUGAAGUAGUAGUUGUUAACAUAUACUGGUUUACUUCAGGAUUUGGAAUAAUGCUCCUGUACUUCCGGGUUGCAGACUGUCCAUUCUGUUUGUACUCCUUUGAUUCCUCUUUUUCCAGUGUUCUCCACACUAAUCUGAUAUUUGGGUGAAUGUGAAGUUUAGAAUAAGCAGCACCAUGGAUAAUACUGGUCUGAAUUUUAAACCCUCCCUCUCUGUCCACUUUUCCUUCCCUCUUAGAAAAAGAUGGUUUUGAGUGCUUUAUAAUACCUGGAAAAAAACCCAAACCUAAAAGCGGGUGAAUAAUAGCCAUCUCUGAGUCUCAAUAAAAUGAAUGUCACUUGUUGGAUUCUGGUCACAGUGUGUGGCUUGUAGAAAUCCUCAUAACUGCGUCUGACAUCCUUAGCUAGAAAGUUCACCUUCUAAUGCACUUGCCUGUUGCUGAUGUCCAGGAUGCAGUGCUGCCCAGGAAAAAGGUACCCAGUGAGAUCAGAGAAUCAUAGGAUGGUUUGGGUUGGAAGGGACCUUAAAGAUCAUCUAUUUCCAACCCCCUGCCACGGGCAGGGACACCUUCCACUAGAGCAGGUUGCUCCAAGUCCCAUCCAGCCUGGCCUUGAGCACUACCAGGGAUGGGCCAUACAGGGAGAUACAGUUCAGAUGCCCAUUUAAGCAACAUAGACCAUAGACCUAACCAUCAUGACUUCAGGCUUUUGAGAGAGCGUUGCCAGGCGAAAGGAUUCCCAAAUAGAUCAGUCGUAGUGUGAAGAUGGGUAAUAGCAUGGCACAAACCCUCAUAAAAAUACUUCUGUUACCUUUGAACACAUCUGAGUGAGUUAGUUUAGCUUUCACAAACUGUCCCAAAUCUGAGUGUUGGAUAGCUGGAGAAGACUGUGGGGUAUCUGUCAGUGGUUGUAAACAGGCAAAUCAAUGUGGUAACUGGUAACUAAUUUCAACCUUAAAGGCCAAGAGAAUGCAAUUCAGGUGGUGUUUGGAUAGCAAGUCUGUCACUUCCAGAAAUAAUGUUGAACUAAAAUACAUAUUUUUGGCUAAGAGAAGAUGGGCCUUCAAGUGUAAUACAGAACCAGACCAUGCUGCUUUUGAUUCAUGAGGGAUACUUGGUAAUGCUGAUACGCAGAGAUUUAAUAAAUCUGUCUUAACA